AACCUUGUUCGGCUCUGAAGGUCCGGGGCUGCAGACCGCCGGCCAAGGCGCCGCCCCCCCCAUGGGGUUCGGAGUGGGCGGGGCUCUGGGGGCCGCCGGCUCCCCGGGUCCCAAACGCAGCGGCUCUGGAACCGGAAACACACUGAAGCGCUGGUUGACCAGUCCCGUGCGGAGGCUGAGCCAAGGGAAGGCCGACGGACAGAAGAAACCUCCAAUCAGAACCAGGAGGCGGGACAACAGGCCGGAGCAGACCACGCCCCUCAACGCCAACGCACAAACGAAGGCGAGGAAGGAGGAGGGGGGGCAGAGUGGGGGGGAGGAGGAGCCGGACGAGGAGACACACACACUGCUUCCUCCACCCAUGCAGAUCAUCAAAGACCCUAGCAACCCCGAGGCUCUGGACUCAGAUCAGGGCUCCAACGAGUCGGACACGGAGCAGAGGAACAAGGCGCUGAGAGGACGCAUGUUCGUGGUGAACGAGAUGAUCCAAUCAGAGAAGGACUACGUGAAGGAUCUGGGUGUGAUUGUGGAGGUAAGACUCUCAUCAAGCGGCUCAGAUUAUUAUUAA